GACGAUUUAAAUCGGAUUUCAAUAUGGCAUCCUCCUAAAAGUUAUGGACUUGGACUGCUUGUUUUCUAUCCAGACAUAUUGAUAUGGUUCAACUUCAUUAUUAAGUGGGUCCUAUCCGAAAAUCACAUAUUUCUCCACUCUUUUGCAGCUUCAUAAUUGGAUGAUUCUUUCAUUAGUGGGGCGUUUACAAGUGAAGAACGGAUGGCAAAUUUUGUGCUCCAACUCCCAAACAAUUUCAGAUUCAGGGCCUUCUCUGUUUCUGCUUCUACUUCCUCUAAUGGUUCUCCUCCUAGUGUGCCUCAAUCUGGGGGCCCAGUCGUUCUUGAACUUCCCCUUGAUAAAAUCCGGAGACCCCUCAUGCGUACAAGAGCAAAUGACCCACAAAAAGUGAAGGAACUCAUGGAAAGUAUACGCGAAAUUGGGCUCCAAGUACCUAUUGAUGUGCUGGAGGUUGAUGGUGAAUACUAUGGCUUUUCUGGUUGCCAUCGGUAUGAAGCUCAUCAGCGGCUAGGGCUGCCAACUAUACGUUGCAAAGUUCGCCGUGGGACAAAGGAGACUUUAAGAUUCCUUCGAUAUUGUUCAAAAUGAUACUCUCAGCAAGGAAAAGAUGGGACAUGGACUUAAAAUGAUCGUCUCAAGCCACAAGAUGAUACAACAAAAAGGUGCAGCUUCAGACUCAUCAAAGUAUCUCUACAUGCUGCUGGCAGCUUGGGAUAAGAGCUGAUGCCACCGUGAAACCCUGAUUCACAUUGCGUUUAGUGAAAUACAUACUACUUUUACGGGUGGAUGACAUAAACAUUACGAUUGCUAUCUGGUACAAUACUGAAUAUACAAGAUUUGCUUCACAGUUUUAGUAUUCAUGUGUUAUUUGUAUGAUAUAGGAC